CCAAAAGCCGCAAGCUUCGUGGCUGGACUUGUGUUGUGAGAUGAAAACUGUUGCCUAUUAUUGCUGGAGUUGAAGACUCCAGGCUCCAUGGAUCAACUGGGGAAAAUGCGCGGUCAGUCUUAUGGGUCGGGCGGGCCUUACUCCCAGCAGCCCCAUCAAGGGCCUCCUCCAGCACCCCAGCAGAGUCCUGCUUACCCAGGCCAGGGCUAUGGGCCCCCUGGCCCUCAGAGAUACCCUAUGGGCAUGCAAGGACGUAUGCAAUACGGCCAGCAGGUGCCAUCAUAUGGACAGCAGGGACCAGGGGGUUAUGUGCAGCAGGGGCAGCAGCCCUAUUACGGCCAGCAUGGUCAGGGUCCUCACUCGGGCCAGCAGCAGUCGCCAUACCCCGGGCCUUCCCCAGGGCAACCAGGAGGUCAGGGACCUUAUUCACAGCAACCUCAUGGCCCCCAGUCAUCUGGCCCACACGGACAGGCUGGUCCUCCUUACCAACAACCCCACAUGCCCCAGCAGCCACAGGGGCAGAUGACUGGCCCUUCGCCGGGCCCGCCGCAGUCCCCAUACUCUCAGUCCUCGGCGCCACCCCAGGCCAGCCAGUCUCCCUAUCCACAGCAACAGGUGCCUCAGUCCCAGCCCUCGCAGCAGGGGAGCUCCCAGGCUCCUCCUGCAUCCCAACCCAGUUACCCGCCUGGCCAAGGCCCCCAACAACAACCGCAGCAGCCGCCACCGCCAACAUCACAGCCCCCCCCUCCUAGAUGA